CUGAGAGAGCUUAUAUUUCAGGGCUACCAGCUAAGUUCUAUACCUGCAAACAUUUGCCACUGCGUUCCCGGUCUGCUUGACGCUGAACAUGUUCUCUUUCGUGCUUCCUAGGGGUUACCUUGAGUCAGUACACGUAGACCACUUAAAUGUGCAAUGUAACUGAGUCUCUUCUGAGAUGCGUCUUUUUCUAACAGAAUGCAACCCUGGGCACUGGUACUCCUUCCCGUCAUUAUAUCUGCGUGGUCUACAUAUGUCAGGGGAGACGAAUGUAGCAGCUUCUUACUGCCAAGCAGCUUGGAAGAAAGCUGUUACCUGAAUAAUACCAAGAGUGCAGAGGAGCUGGUACUCAGCGCUGUCAGCUGCGUGGCAGUGUUGGAGCCGAAGGCCUUGCGGAUAUAUACGCCGGACAGCGAACACUCUUCCGCAGUCUCUUCAGCGGUUCAGGCCUAUAUAGCAAAUGGUGGCUACAACGUCUCAGUGCAUACAAACAUCGGCGGCAACAGUGACACCUUCCUAAAUGCGUCCCUUGAGCUCGCGUAUGACAUCCUGUCAUACCAUGACGGCUUCGUUGUGGACGCGGAGGCGCUGCCGGGGGUUGCGCUCGCGGGGUUGGCGGCUCCGCUUGACGCCUACAUCAUGCAGGACCCCUCCCUCAACUGGUUCCGAAUCAGCCGCUACUAUAGAGGCUUCUCAGCACUGCAUGAGCAACAAACCUACGGGGUGCCUUUGGGCGGCGUGGGCAUGCUGUCCUUUUACCGACAAGACGUCUUUGAACAGCUGAACAUGAGCGUGCCAACAACAUGGGGGGAGGCGUUGGACUUUGCAAAGCGCUGGCAGAGCCGAAAUCUCAGCGCAUCCGACGGCUUGCCAGUCCACCCUUUUUGUGGAGGGCGCGGCUCAUAUUGCGGCAAGAACCUGCUGCUAGCCAUUGCAGCUCCCCACCUGCAGACAAACGGCCCCAGCAGCGGCUUCCUGCUGGACCCCUUGACGGGCAAGCUGCUGCUUGGCUCGGAGGCCUUCGUGCACUCAUUGGACAUCCUGCAGCAGCUGGCAGCGUACGGCCCCGCGGAGGAUGCGCAGGAGUGCACACCCCAGUGGGACGCCUUCUCCAACGGAACCUGCCUGCUCACGCUUCAGCCGUUUGAGAUGUUCAAGGUGUAUGCGGGUCCCGACAGCGCCGUGCGCAGCAAGCUGGGCGUGGCGCCGCCGUUCGGCACCUUCCACGCGCUGAACCGCACCUCCGGCCAGAUGCAGACGUGCACCACCUCGCUCUGCCCGCUGGCGGUGUACGAGCCGCGGCAGCAGCAGCUGCUGUCGGAGGAGCUUGCGUAUGAGGAUAUUGCGUUCGUCUCCUCCAACUCCUCCAAUUCCUCCACAUCCUACGCGCUCGUCAACUACGCGCCCUUCAUGCGGGGAGGCCUGGUGGGCCUGGUGAGCCGCCGCAACCCCGCCGCGGUGCAGGCGGAGGUGGUGCGCUUCUUCGGAGAGCUGUCCUCGGGCUUUGGACUGCAGAACGCGCUGCAGCCCGGCUCAGGCAUCGCGCCCUUCCGCACCGACCACUGGAGCCCGGCCACCCAUGGCGUCUGGACCGGCGCCGGUUACCACACGGCAGCCGUGGAUGCCGUACAGUCCGCCCUUUCCACCCUGUACGCCUCCUCCAACCUGGCACCGCUGCUGCGGCUGCCGGGGCAUCGCGAGAUCACGCGGCUGCUGGUGGGCGCUGCGGAGAUGCUGUGGCAGGGCGAAUCGCCUGACAGCAUCGCUGCGAACGUGAGUGCUGCAGCGCAGGCGGUGCUGGAUUCCUACUUUCCAAAUCCUGGGGCAGACGGCCUGCCUGGCUAUCUGGAGAUGUACCGUGCGCAGAUUGGCUACCAGCAACAAGCUACGCCGUCGCCGCAGCCCUCCCCGUCUUCGCCUCCCAGCGGCCCCACCGUGUCGCGCCAGACCAUCGUGGUGAUCGCGGUGGUGACGGGCACCGCCGGGCUGCUGGCGCUGGUGGUGGCGCUGGAGGUGCGAAACAAGCGGCAGCACAAGAACCUGCUGGGGCGGGUCAAGCCGCCGCAGGGAGACCCGGACACCACCAUUGUGGUGGCGUCCAUACAGGACUUUGACGAGCUGUGGGAGGCGCUCAUCUCGGACGCCUCGGAGCGCGCGCUGCAGCAGUUCGGCGAGCUGGUGGACGGGCUGCUGCGGCGGCACAGCGGCUACCGGGCGCCCAGCGAGGAGGAGGACGUGGUGGUGGCCUUCCAUUGCCCGCGCGACGCCUGCGAGUUCGCGCUGGACCUGCAGCGGGGGCUGCUGGAGCUGCGCUGGCCGCGACACGUGCUGGAGAUGGAGCAGUUCAAGCCGCAGUACCUUGCACCCAGCACCACCCGCGGCAGCUUCAGUCAGGGCUACAACGCCAGCCGGGCAGCCGGGGGUGCACCCGUCAGCGGCACGGCUGACGACGACGACAAGCUCUUCACGCUGGCCACCCGCGCCGACAACGUGCGCUCCUUCGGCGAGCAGUGCGUGGCCUCCUGGGUGGCCGCGGACGCCAACACACCCGACGCGGAACUCGCCUUUUGCGGCAUCCGCGCGCGCGUGGGGCUGUGCGCCGUGGGCUUCACGCGGCUGACGUGUGAGACGGAGCCGGGCCUGAAGCGCAAGACGUUCAGCGGGGAGGCGGUGGAUGUGGCGGCGGCGGCGGCUGCGGCGGCGCAGGGAGGCAUGGUGCUCAUUCCGCAGAGCACCUUUCGGCAGCUGCACUUGGAGGUGCUGGCGGAGAAGUGCCUGUUCUGCCACCUGGGCGAGUACCAGCUGACCGCGCAGCUGCCGCCCAUGGACCUCUACCUGGCUCUGGACCGGCAGCUGCUGGGGCGGCUGGCGCUGUUCGGGCCGCUCAGCUGCCACCUGCAGUGGAGCCAGGGCGCGUUCGCGGCGCCGGUGCACGCCGCCAGCAUGGUGUUCACGCACCUGGUGGGGGUGCAGACGCUGCUUGCCUGGGACUACGACCUCAUGCAGGACGUAAUCGAGACGUUCACCCGUCUGGCCCAGGUGGAGCUGCAGCAGGCGGGCGGCUACCUGGUGGAGCACGUGGAGGGGUUCAUGCUCACCGCCUUCCACUCGCCCGCGGACGCCAUCCUGUGGGGCCUGCGCAUGCAGGAGCUGAUGCUCAAGGAGGACUGGCCCGAGGAGCUGCUGGCUCACGAGCUGUGUGAGGAGGUGACGGUGACGGUGCCCGUGCGCGGCGGCGACGUCACCUCCGCCACCGUCUUCCGCGGGCCGCGCCUGAAGACCGGCAUCGACAUCGGGCAGGUGCUGGCGCGGCUGCACACCAUGACGGGCCGCAUGACCUACCGCGGCAAGGUGAUGAACCGCGCCGCCCGCAUCUCCGCCGCCGCCAGCUCGGGGCAGGUGCUGUGCUCCGCGGAGGCGUGGGAGAGCUGCACCGCCUCCGCCUCCGCGCUGCGCCUGGUGACGGCCACCAGCCUGGGGCUGUUCCAGCUGAAGGGCAUCCAGGAGCGCAUCGAGGUCUUCCACUGCACCUACCAGCGCCACGUUGCCAGCUCCACCCGCCGCAGCAGCACCGUCAGCGUGGGGCUGCUCAGCUCCUCCGACAACCGCCGCAAGAGCGCCAUCGCGCUGUCCUCCGCCUCGCACCUCUCCCACCACACCACCUCCUACCGCUCCUCCAUGCCCAACAGCUCCGCGCUGGAGCACCCCUCGGCCUCCGAGGGCCGCCGCGGCUCCGCGGUUUCCUCCACUCAGCCGCUGGGGCAUGGCAGCGUGUCGGGCGCGCUGCAUUCCGUGGGGUUGGAACAGAUGGCCGGGGGGAUUUUGUCGGGUGGCCCGGUUGUCAUGGGCGGCGGAGGCGGAGGCCUGACGUCAACGGGCGUAUCGCCUGCACGGCAUCGCUCGGUGUUGUUACUGGGCGACGCGGGCGCAGGAGGUGCAGGUGGCGGAGGCGGAGGGGCCAUGGGAUGUCGUACGUUUUCGCAUACCUCGCAGAACAGCGCGCAUGGCAGCGGCGGCGCCGCGGGUGCUAGCGCUGCGCGUGCGGCGCUGGCGGCGGUGCUGCAAUCACGCACACGUUCCGCCUCAGCGCUACACACAAGCUGCGGGUUAGCGCCCUUCCGUUCAAACUCCGCGCGAAACCGCCGCGCGGGCCCGCUGGCGGCGGCAGUGGCGGCGGCGGCGGCGGACAUGUCGUCGGAUGCGCAGGCUGCGGCGGCCGUGGCGGCGGCAGCGGCUGGCGCCGGCCGGUGCUUCUCCCCCAAGGCCGCUGCUUCCUUGGACUACCCGUCGCACCACCGGAACGCAGGGACGAGCUCGGGAGAGGAUGGGGGUAGUCUGGCGGCGGGUUUUGGUGUUGGGGGCAGCAGCGGCGGCGGCGUUACUGGCGGUGAGGGCCUGGCGGGCGGUGGUGGUGCUGCCACGGUGUACACCGUGCUGCCGUCCGUCGUGCUGGCUGGCGGCGUGAUGCUUCCGCAGGUGAAUUCGCACCUGUCGCUGAUUGACGAGACGCCGGCGUAUGAGGGGCAUGCGGGUGGCGAGGAGGAAGAUGGAGGCCAAGACGACGAACCCAUUGGUGGGGUAGGGGGCGGAAGCGGUGGCGGGGACGGAGGUAGAGGCGCUGCCAACCACAUUGUUGGGACGUCAGAUAGCACCAACAGUGGUGCAGACAGCGCGGCGCAGGACGUGCAGCUAGCCACGAUCGCAGCUCACGUGGAGGGUGUGGAUGCAUACCUUGCCGGAGAACAGGCUGGCGGCAGCAGCAACAGCAAUCAAAACCCAGCCCAACCGCCGUUCCUGCCGUCGCCACUCACGACCGGCUCCGCGAAUGCGACCGCAACGGGGUUGGCGCAGGGCGACCUGGAGCCCGGCUUUGCCAAGGAAUCCCGCAUCGAAACCCUGGACGUAACGGUCUCCGCCAACGGUAUCGGCCGCGGCUUGGUUUCCAGCUCCAGCGCCAACUACGUCGCAGGGCUGUGUUCCAACGACCAGGGCGUCAUAAGCCGCGCAGGUUCCGUCACGGCGCCGUUCUCCUACCUCUUCGGCCUCAGCCGGAACAGCGGCGGCGUGGCUAGCGGUUCUGCUGGAGGCGGUGCGGGCGCGGGUUGCUCCCGCACGUCUAGCGGACUGUCGACAGGCACGGGAGCGUCGAAUGGUGUGCGUCAAGAGGAGCCGGUCUCGCGGUCUCAGUCCGCCUCGUGUGGAGUAAACGCGCCGCAGGGUACCAUGGGAUCCCUGCAAGGUAACCGCCAGCAGAGUAAAUCGGCACUCAGCAUUGACCUGUUCCUGCCGCUGCCCGUGGCCGCGGGCGGGGUAGGCAGCGGACAGGAGUCGGGGGCUGCGCCUGGGGCUGGAGACGACAAUUGCACGGCAACGACUGCAGCUGCUGCAGCGUCGGGGGUCGACGUUUCGCAGAACGAUGCUCGCGCUACCGUCGGCGCUCAAAUCGGGCAUCCACGGGGGUUGAAGGAGCCCGUACGGACUCCCCCGCUGACGUCCACGACUGCUGGAAUACCGGUCGCACCCACUACGGUUCGCAGCUCGACGCCCCACUCGCAACAGAGAAAUGCCAACAGCCCCUCACGCAACCGCUCCGGUGUGUCUGAGGCGGUGUCGGCAUUUGCCACGGCAGCAGCGACGGCGGCGUUGAGCGCAGGGGCAGCUAACGCUCCUGGGUUGGCUUCGGCCAUGUCGCCGCCCUCACCCUCUAAUGGCCCCACCAAGCCAGCAGCACAAGCCGGUGCUGCUGCGGCAAGUACCAGCAAGGGGCACGCCGGGACAGACGGCCCAGCCGCAUACAGCGCCCCGGCUUGCGCCGCAAGGUCCGCCCCGGCCGCCGGCGCUGCGUCGGCGUUGAUGCCCGUGAACGGCAUGGGGGCCACUAGUCAAAACGGGGCCCUAGCAACUCCUUCCGGUGCCGGCAUGGAGGACGAUGACAACGGCAACAGCAGCAGCAGCUCCUCUGAUGGCGCUCCACCCGACUUGGCAAUGGUGUCAACCGGCGGGCGCUUCGAGGACAGCAGCAGUCUGGGGGGCGCCGAGAGCAGCCGGGGGUUCCGCGUCUUGGAGAGGCCCAUCCGCCUGGGAGGAGGUGGUGGUGGUGGAGGGGGAACAGGCGGCGGCGGCAUCUCCCCCGCCUACAGCACCUUCAUGACGAGUCCCCUCCUCAUGAGCAGCUCCUCGGCUAAGAGUAUGACCCAGCCGCUCCGAACGACUCCGGGCACCGAUACUACAUCAAACGCCGCAGCAGACGGCACUGCUGCUCUUGCUCUGGCUGAGGUUGUGGCGCCUGUCAUGGCCGCCGCUGCCGCUGCUGCAAGCACAGCAGACCCGUCGCCGGCUGCGGUCGCGGCUGCUGGGCCGAGGGCAGGGCCCCUGGACGGAGAGCAGCCGCGGCUAGGGCUGCCGACGGGGGGACUGGCCACUCCGGAUGAAGCUCGCAGCUGUGGCGGUGAUGCGGCGGGAUCAGCGGCAGUGCGACCUGGUACAGCAUCUGACGCCCAUGAUUACGCCGCCGCUUUUGGAGUAGGGCCGCCGCCGCCGCCGCCGCCACCACCGAAGCAGCAGCAGCAUCAGCAAAAACUGCAACAGCCUGAUGACUAUGCGUCAGCUGCGGUCGCGUUUGGCGUGGGGCUGCCGCCAACUUCGAAUUACGCGGCCGCAGCAUCGGCCUUUGGCAUAGCGCCGCCGGCUGGGGUGUACGGAGAGGAUCGUGUGUCCGGCCCUACACGGGAGCAGAUGGAACGAGCGCUGGAGUUGCUCGGGGAGUCCAGGCAUGGGGGCGGCGGCUGGCAUUGAGCUAUGGUUUUGCGUCCAACCCGCCGUUUCGCUUUUGUUAUGAACCGCGUUGUAAGAUAGCACUUUUCAGCUUGACUUGGCAGGAUUGCAUACAACGCUUGAAGGAGGUGUGGCCAGCUGUAUGCAGCGCGUUUUGGUUCCGGACGGUUGUUGUACGGAGUAGUGGCUCAUGUAAUGGUUGCGUGCGGAUACAUACAAAGCCACAAAGCUGGGUUUUGAGUGGGGGGACGUUUUAUCGGUAGGACAGGGCGGGAGGAAUCAUGGCCUUGGCUUUGGGUUGAGUCUCGUAGUUGCUCCAACGCGAUGAGGGGUACCUCAUGACAUGCUUGCUCGUCUGCGAUGCAAAGGCUGUCCUAUUAUUCAUGUCGUCACUCUCGUUGUGCGUGUUAAGGGCUUGCGCGCCCGUCGUUGUCGCGCUUGGCCAGCCGGACGGAAAGCGCUGCAGUUGAUAGCUCGAGAUCUGGGCACCAGUGCCUUGCGCUUUCGGCAAUCGUGAUACGUUAAAAGGAUACCUUCUGGGCGUGCGUCGUGGAUUGGUGGUGUAAUGGUCGGCCAGAGAAAACAAUAGAAAUAGACCCAUGGGACCAAUGGUUUAUUUGAGGCAUACGUCCUCUGCAGCUCGGUGCACCUGUAUGUGCAAUAUGGAGUGAUUGGGGCGUUGGGGGUGACGGGUUAGGGGGUUACCUGGGGCCACAUUCCUUGCAUGGGGCUUCUGAGCCGAUUGAGGGUUGCGGGCUGUCAUUGGGGGGCGGUUGCAAAGUCGCACACCGUGUUGUAAUACCGUGCCUUUGGGUUAGUGCCCGGUGUCACGACGGGAGGUACCACUAUGGUCGAACAAGAGUGGCAGGGCCGCCAUGGGCAGACAUUCUCCCGGGAUGUUUGUGCACUUCGUUUCUUGGUGGUCUGCGGCUGAACACCGUUUGGGGAGGGUGCGCGGCGUGCAUAGGCAAAUGGGGCGGUCUGAAGCUCGUGUGCUGGGCCUUGGCUGCUUCAGGAAGCGGCUUUCCCUGGUUUCUGGGGUCUGAAAUCCUAUACGAACUGAUUCAGGUUGCACGAUGCCAUGCCAUCCUUAUCACUUGUCCAUGGCAUUUGCCGUUCAUUAAGUUUCCUGGUUUCUGCGCCUUGGUACCUCUCGGGCAGGCUUUGAUGUGCAUGGCUUCGGUGUUUCCUACCGGUACUCCAAAGAUCGGUUACUGUUGAAUGUUUGCAAUCGGCAGGAUCGCGGUCUGCUGCAUACUAGGGUGUUACUUCCUGGCUGGGCGAUUACAGUGCCGCUCUUCUUUUUCUUGACGUCCCUAGCUCUGGAAGGCGAAUGGAAGACACGUAGGCGGCGCACAAAUCACCUCGUCCUGUGGUAAUUAUUCCGUGGUACCUUCAGGAGUGUUCUCGUCGGGUGUUUGUUGCCUCUACUGAAGCCCUCGCCGUACGCCUUGGGUCUAGACGAAAGUCUGCGUCAGUAGCUGCAACAUCGAGGGCUGACAGGGAGCCGGCUAUACUCCAAUCGCUCGCUCUUGCGGCAUUACUUUGUAUCGACAGACGACUGUAGUAUAAGAUUGGUAUCUUCCCAGACCCAGGUAUUAUUCCCUAAGAGCAUUGAGUGGGAAACGAACCGUCGCACGAGCGGUAACCCUACAUAAAUCCUGGCGAAACUGUGGACCAUAGACCAAGUACAAGAAAAUGACAAACGUGAUAGCGCGCAUUGCCGACGGUAAAGAUGAGUAAGUCAUUGGCUAUAGCGGUGGCACACUUAUGAUGCGCACCGCUUCAUAUUCGAUACACCCAAACGACAAAGGCACCAACCCUUGAUUGCUAUGAAUACAUCAGCUUGACAAGACUAUGGCUUGUCAAGGCCAACCGUAAACGGACAGACACGACGUGUACGACUCGCAACAGGCACAUAUGGUUUACGGUGUCCAGUUCGCAAAUCCUUGUGGCUUUAUGCAAUUCUUUCUCUAGUACUAUACCGGUGACCCUGUCCAGUUGGGUCGCCUGGGCUUUGAAUCGCGCUGAGACUACCUAUCAAGUUCGCAAUCGACCUUUUUGGAGCACACACCUUGUUCCACCUAGCAUCCAUCAUGUGCACUACCACGCGUGUCUGCGCAGGCCCGACGUUUGGAGCGUCCCUUCGGAUGCUAUCAGAGCGUUCGGGCGUUGAAGUCCCCAUCCUUCUUGGCGACGUUCUCCGCUGGCUAGCGGCUCAUGCAAUUGCCGAGCCCGACGUUUUCGCGCAUCCUUCAAAGUGCGUCGCAACAAGCCAGAUGAAGGAUGCUAUCGACAUGGGCGUUCCCCUUGUGGACCUCUUGGAGGGCGUCCACCCCGCCUUGGUUGGGAGUCUUCUGAAACGUUGGCUUGAGGAACUCCCAUUGAUACUCAACUGGGACCAGCAAGUCGACCUUUUGUCUGCGUGCAAGGAUGAGGGGUCCAUUGAAUCAAGGAUAGAAGCUUUGAACAACGCUGUAUCCUCGGUCGACCACAUUACGCUUGGCACCCUCAAGCCGCUGCUGCUCUUCCUACAGCAGUACUGCUUUCGCCAGCGUCGUUUCGACCAGCAACUCUUGCAGGUCGCUGUGGCCUUUGCUCCCAUUCUCUUUCCAGCCGCGCUGGGCGCUGGACCUGAGGAACUACGGCUAGCAGAGGAGACGGUUGCAACGCUAGUAUCCAACGCACUUCACGUAUUUAACCCUCUGCUAGCGGCCAACGUUCCCGUGGUCACGCCGCAAGCCCUGUGCGAGGCCGCUGCGGAAAUGAUGAUUUCUGAGCAGCAGCAACAGCACCUCGUCUAUGAGUACACCGGGGCCGCCGGCUACUCUCCUUCCCUGCAGCCGCUGGAGGUCCCGGCUGCUGCCGAGGAGGAUCUCUACGAGGCGCAAGGGCUGCUGGAGGAACCCUAUGAGCCGUACGUGACAGACGCGGCCUUUUUGUCCUCCCUGCAUGGCAUGGUUGACAGCUGCGUCGCGGGGGCGCUCUUCAGCUUUGACGACUGCUGUGACGACGACAAUGGCACUUGGAGCGCGGACGAUGACUGCGGCAGCGUGGCCUCCAGUUCCUCCAAUACCCAGCUAAGCAGCGGUGGUGCAUCAGGCAGCAGCGGGGGAGCCAGCAGCUGCAGUACCGUAUCAAGUAACGGGCCUCAGCCCCAGUCGGAGCAGUGCAUUAAUGCGCAGCCGCAGACGCAGCCUAUUAGUUCGUACGGCCAGUGCAACCCGGCCGUGCCGUACAGCCCCCACGCCACGCUCAUUCCGCAGCCACAACGUAUGGUCGUGGAGGGCUUGCAGGCCAUGCAAGAGCAGCCCACGAACAUUCGCGCCAGCAACGUGGUGUCCGUGGAAGCCGGCUCCAAGCCCGUUGUCGUUGUCAAGGGCUCUGCUGGCGCCUCAGUCCCUGCCUCGGUUUCGCUUGCGGAGCUUGCACAGCGUGAGGUUGCGGAUGGGAGCGUCUUUUGCAUCAUUUCAGCUCAGCCCGGUGCUGCAGCCUCGGGCACGGACGGCGCCGGCAACGCAGGCCAACCCAAGUCGCUUGUCCUCAAGGGCAGCCGCGACGUCAUUUCUGCCCCAUCGCAUCUGCUCCAGCAACAGCCACAGUUGGUGGUUCUGGACGUGAUUGGAACCACGCAAGGGAUCGCUGCAGACCCCUUCAAGUCGUCUCGGCACGCCGUCUCCCGCCGCUCUACUGAGGGCGGCGCCGUCGCCAAGGGUCCUACCGCUGCACCUGGGCAGGGUCAGGGGCUGGUCCUGGGCGGCCCCAUGGUGGGGGCAGCUCCGCAGAACAGCCGCUCCGCUGGUUCCGGCAGCCCUGGCUCUCAGCCGCAGCCCCGCCAACGCCGCAUGACUAUGGGCGGCGGCGGCGGUGAAAUGCAGAACGACGCCGCGGAUCAGCAACCGCAGCCAAAAUCCCAGAGCCGUCAGCAGUCGCCAAGCAGCGCCACCGGCAACACCACCUCUGGUUCCAGCCAGCGUAGCCGUAGGUCUGCUGGCAGCAGCAACGGCAGCGGUGGCAGCACCCGCCAGCAGCCAGGAGCUGUCCUUCCGCUGUCUGCAGCGCAUGGCAGUGGCUGCGUGGCCGAUUUGGGUGUUGCAGGGCACCUGCAUGUCGCCCUAACCGCCACACACACGCUGUCGGUUCGGGAGCUCUGCACGCCCGAGGCAGCCGCGCACCUCGCACCCAUUCGCAGCCUGAGCAUACCCGCCAUGCAGACGGAGAAGGAGCGGCUGAAGCGGCAGCUCAAGGACGUUGCCGCUGCGUACGAGGCUCUUGCCGGUCGGCCGCUUACGCCCACCCUGAAGGAGCCGCUUCGCCCCGUCUACGUGCGGUACCACAAGAUCAAGGCGCUCCUGAACAAGGGCUGCGGAGGAGAUGGCGGCGCGUCGUGUAAGGAGAACCAGGAUUCGGCGACUGCAGCUGCUGCAAUGCUGCAAAAGCACGUGGCGCUCACGUCUUCGCGGCCCGCCGUGGUUGUGUAGACCAGAUGGUGCUGUGGCUUGGAGGAGUGCACGGGAAUACUGGCGUGCCGUACAGGGCGUGCGAAGAGUUCAUGCAUAUACAGGAGCGGCGGUACUGUCUGGCGAGUACGCUCUGUAGGCUUGGCAAUUUAUGGCCUGCUUUGCCCAUGCGUAGAGGGGUCGGCCACGGAAACGGGACGAUGAGGGAAGGAGUCUGUUUAAUUAGGCAGAGUAUGCAAGUGCAUGGGUGGGCGGUUGACCGUUGCAAAGUACAGUGGUGGAAAGGUUGGUUGGAGUUGGGAAGAGGCUGGUAAUGAGGAGUUGACAAUGUUGCCCCUUAGUUGUAUUUGUAGUUGUCUUCAUGGGGCGAUGCCGAUUAGCAGCGAGCGACAGUGUCUCUCUCUCUGUCGUUGAGUAGUGGACAUGGUCGCACGAUACAAUUCUGUAGGCUUGCUUGACUUCCCUUAGGCAGCACGUGCGAAACCAGACCGUGCAGCGGACCAUUUGCUUUGUCAGGACAUGACAUAAGCUCUCUUCCCUUCGUGCUGAGAAUGCCUGGGAAACAUUAGAUGACGGGCGAGUGACGCUGCAAUUGCGUGGACGCGUGCUGUUAGGUGUUCCUGUUCUCCUUCGCAGCUCUUGUGGAAGUGCGUCUGCUUCUAAGGGAACGGGCUGCGCGUUGCAGGAGUUCUAGUUCGUAGAUCGACGUGACGACUGGGUUUAUAAUUCUAGGUGUUGUCAACCCUAUCUCCCAUUGAUUGAUUUUAAGGGUUUAGGUACCGUAUCCGAUUCUGCGGUAGGUCUCUUUCCUCUUUGGCGUCGUUGCGGUAAAAACACGCAAGGCCCAUUAGUAGUUGUCUUCCUUUAGUUGUUAGCAGGGAUGCUUCUCUGACAGCAUGUCUGGUUGUGGUUGGUAAGGUUGUGGGUUCUUAAACUUUUGGCCUCGUCUCCUGGCCUCGGCGACUGGGACCGCACCUUAUGUGCCGGGUGCGACCCCUGAGGUCCAGGGCUGCUCUUUCCUCUGAAUUUGCUAUGUAAAACUUUACACUG